AUGGCCAACUACGGGCACCAGCACGCGGGAGGGCCGCCGCAGCACGCCCAGCCCACGGGCGGCGCCAGGGACGCGGCCUUUGCCAACAUCUUCGGCGCCAGUCCUGCCAUGGCCGGCCGCUCGCAGACCAUGACCUCGCACUCGCACGCCCGCAUCCCCGACCGCGCCGCCACCAUGUCCGCCCAGACGGCCGACAUGAUGCAGCGCGCGCCCCCCAUGCGGCAGCCCGUCAACGGCUACGGCUACGACCGCCGCCCGCCCGCGCCCUACGACCAGCGCACCCCGUCCGCCUACGACCAGCGCACCCCGUCCGCCUACGACCCCCACCGCCCCCAGACCCACGACCAGCCGCUGCAGGGCCACCAGCGCCCCAUGCUGCCCCCCAACGGCUACCACCCGGACCCGCGCUCCUCCCAGCCCGGCCCGCACACCCAGCGCCAGCCCCAGCCCCAGCCCCAGUACCUGCCCCACCCCCUGCGCCCAGACCGCCAGCCAUACGGCCAGCCCCAGCGCUUCGACCCGCGCCCCUCGCCCCCGGGCCAGCCUCCCUUCAGCAAACCCACGCCUUCGCGCUUUCCCGGCCCCGCUGCCCCAGCCAUGAACAACGACCCCUACCGCUCGCAGUCUCUGGCCACCGGCCCGCGCCCCAACUUCAACCCGCCCGCCCACAGCUACCAGUCGCCCGCAAACACCUUCCGCCAGCAGCCCUACAUGAACCACAUGGCCAGGACCACGGCCCAGGGUCGCGUCGUCCCCGAACGCCCGGACGAGCGCACCAUGUCCAUGACCUCGUACAGGGCCGAGGGCGACUUUGGCCCCCAGCAAACCAUGAUGAGCGGCAGGGUCAUCCCCGGACGGAGACGAGAAUCAGACGGCCACGACAUGGCGCCUGGCGAACAGCGCUCUCUAGCCGUUUCCCCGCCCCUCAACCUGGGUCCAGGGACAAAGACCAGGAACGCAAGCCAGGGCAGCAUACCGCAAAUGCGCACCAUGUCCAUGGCCUCCACCAUAGCCCCUUCGAUAGCGCCCUCGCCCUCGGACCGUACAGACACCAUGUCUUCCUCCGUCACGCGCCCCAGCUCUACCCAGACCACCAACAGCAACAACAGAGCUUCAGGCCAGUCCCACGUCGCGCCCGUCGUACCCGCACCCCAGGCGGACAAGCAACGACGCGCUCCCCUUGUCUACCCUGCCUUGUUGUCGCGUGUAGCCACUACCUUCAAAGACAGAGUCCAGAUAUCGGAGAAGGAGAAGGAUGGCCUGGUCUACCAGAGCGCCUUCACCGGCGCGGAUGCCGUCGACCUCAUCGCCUUCAUCAUCAAAACGACGGAUCGCAACCUCGCCCUCCUCCUGGGUCGCUCCUUGGACGCGCAGAAAUUCUUCCACGAUGUGACGUAUGCGCACAGACUGCGAGACUCCACAAACGAGAUCUACCAGUUCCGCGAGACCAUCAUGGAAGAGCAGGCAGAAGUCAACGGUGUCUUCACCCUGCUCACCGAGUGCUACUCUCCAACUUGCACACGCGAUCGUCUCUGCUACUCCAUCGCCUGUCCCCGCCGCCUGGAGCAGCAGGCUCGCCUCAACCUGCGGAUUCAGCCGGGCCUCAAGCGCGAGGAGUCUCGUGCCAGCCUGCACGAAGACACGAAUGACGAGGAACAAAAGCUCUGGAUCAACACCGUGCCCAAGGACGUGGCCGAUAGCGUCUCGGACAAGGAGAAGAAGCGCCAAGAGGUCAUCUCCGAACUCAUGUACACGGAACGAGACUUCGUCAAGGAUCUCGAGUAUCUCCGCGACUUCUGGAUGAAGCCUCUCCGGAACCCGGCAACCUCGCCCAUCCCAGAGCACCGCCGAGAGAAGUUUGUACGCACCGUCUUCAGCAACUGCCAGGAAGUCUACAUGGUCAACUCUCGUCUGGCAGAAUCUCUGACGAGACGCCAACAGAAAGAGCCGGUGGUGCGAAACGUGGGUGACAUCUUCCUCGAAUACGUUCCUCACUUCAUUCCAUUCAUCAAGUACGGUGCGAACCAGCUGUUCGGAAAGUACGAGUUCGAGCACGAGAAACGAACGAAUGCCGCAUUCGCAAAGUUCGUGGACGAGGUCGAACGGAUGAAGGAAUCGAGAAAGCUCGAGCUGAACGGAUACCUCACCAAACCAACGACGAGAUUGGCUAGGUACCCACUUUUGUUGGAGGGCAUCCUCAAGGCUACUGCCGACGACAACCCUGAUAAGGAGGACUUGCCCAAGGUGGUCAAGAUGAUCAAGGACACGCUUUCCAAGGUCAACGUCGAGUCGGGUAAGGCUGAGAACCACUUCAACCUGAUGCAACUCAACAAGGACCUCAAGUUCCGCCCGGGAGAGUACGUCGACCUGAAGCUGACCGACGAGAACCGUCAAUUGGUCUUCAAGGGUACGCUGAAGAAGUCGCCAACUGAGACAACGGGCGACAUCACGUGCUACCUCUUCGACCACGCUGUUUUGCUUGUUCGCACCAAGACCGUGAACAAGCGCGACGAGCAGAAGGUGUACAAGAAGCCGAUACCUCUCGAGCUGCUCGUCAUCACCCAAAUGGACGACAUCAUACCUCGUUUGGGCAUAGCGAAGAGGCCCUCGGGCACAACGUUGAUGGGCGCUGGCGCAAAGGCCAUUCAAGCCGCUGCGCCGAGAGCUGACCCAAACAAGCAGCAAGGCUAUCCGAUAACGUUCAAGCACCUCGGAAAGGGCGGUUACGAGAUGACGCUGUACGCCAGCACCCCCAUCUCCCAGCAGAAAUGGAUGGAGCACAUUGAGUCCCAGCAGCGAUCGUUGAGAGAGCGUAGCAACAUCUUCACAAAGACCAUCAUCAACGAAGGCUUCUUUUCUGCAGCCAUCAGGGUCACCUGUGCUGUGCCUCUGGAUGGUGGUCGCAAGCUGGCUCUGGGUACAGAUGCGGGUGUCUACAUCGUAGACCGCAAGCCCAAGGACGCCUCGAUGCGACCCAAGCGAGUCCUGGAUACCAAGGGUGUCACACAGAUCGAUGUUCUUGAGCAGCAUCAGAUCCUACUCAUACUUGCUGACAAGACUCUGUACUCGUACUCGACCGAAGCACUGGACCCGGACGAAGCGCAAGCCGCAGCCAAGCGUCCCAAGAAGAUAUGCCACGCCAACUUCUUCAAGUCUGGUGUCUGCAUGGGCCAACAACUCGUGGCGUCUGUAAAGACGUCGGCAUUGUCGACUACUAUCAAGGUCUUCGAGCCGAAGGAGAACAUGGCGAACAAGGCCAGGAAGUCCGGCUUCGCCAAGAUGCUCGCCCAAGGACAGGAUCAGCUCAAGCCCUACAAGGAGUUCUACAUCCCAACCGAAUCGUCAUCGAUACACUUCCUGCGCAGUAAGCUAUGCGUUGGAUGUGCUCGUGGCUUCGAGGUCGUCAGCCUUGAGACCCUGGAAACACAAUCCCUCCUGGACCAGGCCGAUACCUCACUUGACUUUGUGGUGCGCAAGGAGAACAUCAAGCCCAUUCACAUUGAACGCAUGGCGAGCGAGUUCUUGCUCUGUUACUCGGACUACUCCUUCUUCGUCAACCGCAACGGGUGGCGAGCCAGACCAGACUGGAAGAUUACGUGGGAAGGCAACCCGCAAUCAUUCGCCAUCUUCACACCAUACAUACUCGCGUUCGAGCCUAGCUUCAUCGAGAUACGGCAUAUGGAGAGCGGUGGCCUGGUGCACAUCGUCACGGCGAAGAAUAUCAGGUGGCUGCAUUCAUCUACAAGAGAGAUCUUAUAUGCUUACGAAGACGAGCUGGGUAACGAUGUUAUCGCCAGUCUCGAUUUUUGGCAAGCGGCAAACGGACCUGCGCACAAGCAACUACUUGAGGUACGGUAA